AAAAACAGAAUAUGAAUAUAAAAUACAUUUUGGUUUUAUGUUUUACUAUACAUUUAUUUGGUCAAACUGUUGCGUACAGGCGCACAGUUGAAGAAGCGCGUUUAGACGAUUAUGCAAGAAACACUUUUGUAAACCUUAGUUACCAACAUUCCAGCCAGUUCAAUGCUCUUACUGCGGGUCAAAUAUUGAAUUAUUUGGGCGACAAAUAUCAAAAUUAUGUCGAUGAAUAUCUCGUAAACAAUCAUAAGACGAGAAACGACUUAAUUAAAGACUCUCCAGACGAUGAGUCAUAUCAUGAAGUUCUAUUCGGAAAAAUCGUAUUUUUCAUUUGCGGCAAGAUGAACACAACAAUAAGAGAGUUUUUAAAUAAUCCAGAUACUAUAAAACGUUUCCACAGUCACAAAGGUCCACUUACUACAAAGGAAUUAUCGUUAAUGUUAAAAUGUGACAGUGAUGUGGCGAGAUAUAUGGAAGCAAAAAAAUAUACUCCAGAUGACUUAAGUAACCAUUAA